AUGGACGAUGAGAAUAUUUCUCCAAUUGAUCAACGGAUUGUCGUGGUGAUAAUUGUCUUUACGACAGCUCUCAUCGGAUUCAUCGGAAACUUGAUGGUUUUUCUGUUCGCCACCACGCUGAAGUCCCUUCAGAAUUCGUUCGGCCGCCUCGCCGCUGCUCAAUCGUUUGCCGAGGCGAUUCUGUGCGCGGUGUUCGCGUUCUUCUACUCGCCGAUGGUCCUAUUUAACUUGAAACCAUUGAAACAAUCAUCAGCGUACGUUGGACUCGUGCUUCUUUAUUGCUAUGAUGUGUGCAUAUUCACGCAUCUUGCGAUUGCGUUCAAUCGAUUUGUCGCCAUUUCGCGACCAAUUGCGUACAACUCGAUAUUCAGUUUGAGGAACAAUCAAAUCGUGAUAGUUUUCGCCUACGCAAUUCCAUGCUUCACCUCAAUUUACAUGCAUUCAGCAAACAACUGCCUUCUUCCCUACAUCGAUUUCGGCUGGUAUUUCGGUGUGAACCUCUCAAAAGAAUGCGACGAUAUUCGAUAUUAUAUCGAUUUUUGCAAGGACUUCGGCACCGUUGCCCUCAUCGGAAUACUGGAUAUCGCCACAAUCGCGAUGAUUCGAAUGACAGCUCCGAGAAUAAUUUCCAACCAAAUAUCCGAAAGGCGGCGAAAAAGCGAGAUCACGUUCGUGAAGCAAGCAUUGAUUCAAGGAGCCGCCUUCGCCGCCGAACUCGUAUUCUUCUUCAUCAUCGCUGGAAUGCAGACAACGCCAGUUCGAAUUUUCAUUUUUAGCACUUUAUCGUGGGUAUUGGUGCAUUCAAUUGACCCAUUUAUUAUUAUAAUGCUCAACUUUGAAUUUCGUGCAAUGCUGUUUUCCAAUGGAAUUUUCAGAUCCAUCAGUUGCACUAGCGCUUCAAACAUCGAGAAUAGCACAACAAACGGUCGCAAUUUGGCCGGAAACAUUUAA